UAUCACUAUCAAAUUUUGAGGUGAGAGGAAAUUUGCCUGAUGUGGCGUCGAUCAGUUGGUGUGCUCGGCCGAAGUGGUGCCUUGAUUGCAAGAUCAGCUGGACGGCAAGCAGUUCGCAGUGUACCUCGCGUACUGUCUUCCUACGCCAGACCAUUGUCCCAUACCCAGCUUCUGCCUAAGGCUGUACCCUUACGACGAUCCUCUCAGACUGCCAAGAAAAUGUCUGAGAAAACAUUCCAGCGCUUGCCACUCAAUGUGGUUCCCAAACACUACACAGUGCAGCUGAAGCCGGACUUGCAAGCUUUCACCUUCACCGGUGAGCAGACCAUUAACGUAUCUGUAGCCGAGCCAACCAAGACCGUCGUAUUGAACUCUGCCGACAUCACUAUUAGCUCAGCAGAAUUUGUAUCUGCUGCAGGAAAUGCUGUCGCAGAGGUUGCAUUCCAGCCCAAGGAGGAAACAGUGACAUUGACCUUCCCUGAAGACCUUGCUGUUGGUGAUGGCCAAAUUAAGAUGACAUUUGCUGGAGAGCUGAAUGAUAAGAUGAAAGGAUUCUAUCGCUCCAAGUACGCGACUCCGUCUGGGGAGGAGCGUUACUGUGCAGUGACCCAGUUUGAGGCCACCGAUGCACGCCGUGCUCUUCCGUGUUGGGAUGAGCCAGCUUUGAAAGCAACGUUUGAUGUGACUUUAGUCGUUCCAGAGGACCGUGUUGCCCUGAGCAACAUGCCGGUGAAGAGUGAGAGCAAGGUCGACGGUGGACUCCGGUCGGUGACGUACGAGACAACACCCAUCAUGUCCACGUACCUGUUGGCGUUUAUUGUGGGUGAGUACGACUACGUUGAGGGCAAGGACGCUGAUGGUGUUGUGGUGCGUGUAUACACGCCCGUCGGCAAGAAAGAGCAGGGAGAGUUUGCCCUGGACGUUGCUGUGAAGACCUUGCCGUUCUACAAGAAGUACUUCGACAUUCCCUACCCACUGCCCAAGAUUGAUUUGAUUGCCAUCGCUGACUUUGCUGCCGGAGCCAUGGAGAACUGGGGACUGGUCACUUACCGUGAGACUGCACUGCUUGUCGAUCCUGUUCAGUCAUCUGCUGCAGCGCGUCAGUGGGUGGCGCUGGUCGUCGGGCACGAACUUGCCCAUCAGUGGUUUGGCAAUCUGGUCACCAUGGAAUGGUGGACUCACCUGUGGCUCAACGAGGGAUUCGCCUCCUGGAUUGAGUACCUGUGUGUCGACCACUGUUUCCCAGAAUACGAUAUCUGGACCCAGUUUGUCACCCAUGACUUGAUCCGUGCUUUGGAACUUGAUGCCAUGAGCAACAGCCAUGCGAUUGAGGUUCCUGUUGGCCACCCGGAUGAGAUCGAUGAGAUUUUCGACGCCAUCUCCUACAGCAAGGGCUCCUCUGUCAUCCGCAUGUUGCAUUCGUAUAUUGGUGACGAGGCCUUCCGCACGGGUAUGCACAACUACCUCACCAAGCAUGCCUACAAGAACACUUUCACCGAAGACUUGUGGGAAGCUCUAGGAGAUGCCAGCGGCAAGCCAGUUGCCAAGGUCAUGCAGACCUGGACCGAGAAGAUGGGAUUCCCGGUCCUUGAGGUUGAGCGUGAUGACCAGGGAUCUCAGGUGUCCGUCAAGAUGUCGCAGAAGCACUUUGGCGUGGACAACAGUCAAUCACAGUGGCUGGUGCCAGUCAAUGCCUGCAGCAGUGAAUCGCCCGCUACUUCCAUUGCAUCAUCCAUGCUGGAAGGCAAGACUGGCGAAUUGGCUGUGCCGAACACCCCUGCCUGGAUCAAGCUGAACCCUGGCGCGGUUGGCUUCUACCGUGUGAAGUAUUCAUCCAGCAUGUUGGAUGCUCUAUUGCCAGCUGUACGCGAUCAACUGCUGGGCUCUCGUGACCGUCUUAAUCUCCAGGAUGACCUGUUUGCUCUGGCUCAGGCCGGCCAAUCAAACACCGCCGACGCUCUGCGCCUGACAGAGGCUUACUGCAACGAGAACGACUACACAGUCUGGCUGUCGCUCUCUUCCAACAUUGCGGCCAUCAGCAAACUGCUGGCUUACUCCGAGCACACGUCCGCCAUGUCGGUGUUUGUCCACAAACUGCUCGCGCCUGUCAUGGAGCGUGUUGGCUGGGAGUCGUCUGAUGGCAAUCACUUGACUGCCUUGCUGCGCUCGCUUGUUGUCGGUGCCCUUGGCAGCCACAAGCACCCCGCCACCGUAGAAGAAGCUCGCCGUCGCUUCCAGGCGCAUGUGUCCGGCGAGAGUACUCUACCUGCCGACCUGCGCGCAGCCGUGUACAGUGCUGUGCUGACGGGCAACGAUGUCAGUACGUUUGACGAGCUGCUCGCUCUCUUCGACAAGACCGACCUGCACGAGGAGCGCGUGCGCAUCAUGCGCUCGCUGGGCGCAGCUUCCAGCCGUGAGCUGAUCGACCGUGCCCUGCAGUUCUCGCUGUCCGACAAGGUGCGCUCUCAGGACACCGUGUUUGUCAUCGGCAGCGUGUCCAGCCACUCCUGUCUCGGCCGUGAUGUGGCAUGGGACUUCCUCAAGGAUAACUGGACAGUUCUCUAUGAACGCUACCAAGGUGGUUUCCUGUUGGCCCGCCUCAUCUCCAGCCUGUGCUCCGACUUUGUGACUGAGGAGCGUGCUGCUGAGGUUGAGAAGUUCUUCGCUGAGAAUCCUGCACCGGCUGCCAACCGUGCCAUCAAGCAGUCCGUUGAGCGUAUACGCAGGAAUGUCUCUUGGCUCGAGCGCGAUGGCGAGGCAAUUGCCAAUUUCCUGCGCUCCUAGAUGGCGAUACUGUUCGUAUCGUUUUAGAGCUGUUACCAAUUUUUUUUAUAGCCUGCAGGAUUUUGCAAACAAUCCGCUUUUGACUCAGCUCAGUUGACGCGGGUCUGUUUUUACGUUGUGCUCCGGUCGCUCGCUGAGCUUACACCUCCAUCGGAAUAGCGCUCUUUGUUCUUGGAGUGUUUUUGAUUUGGUUAGUGUAUCAGCCGUGCGGUCAACUUUACGCUUUGCAGUGUUCCUGUAGUUUUGCAGAGUUUUUUUUAUGUUGUUCUGACAUGAUGAUGCUAUUGAUGCUUACUUGAAGGAGUUCCUUCCGAAACACUUUUUCUACAUCAUGA